AUGGCUGUUUCUAAUCGAAGUAAUGGUGACUCAAAUAUCUUCACAGUGUCGCUGCCAUCUGAAAAUGAAUCGUCAAGCUUCAAACAGACAUCAACAGUAGAAUCCAAUAUCAAACACAAUAUAGAUCUAAAUUAUGUAUACUCUAGUGCGUUGCUAUGUGAUAAUUUAUCAAGAUUUAAAAGCAUCGAACGAUCACCAUACGAAGUAGUUGCGAAAAAUGUACCGAUUAUAAGUGAUAACAAAAUGCCAUAUUUAACAUUUAGAACAAUUGUUUUGGGUUUAUUAUUUACGAUAAUUAUGGCAGUAAUGAAUACAAUAUUUUCAUUCAGAAGAUUUCCAUUGAAUGUUGACGUUGUUGUUUUUCAAUUAAUAUCACUGCCGAUUGGUAGAAUUAUGGCAAGUCUCUUACCUAAAAGACCAAUGAAAAUUCUUAAAUGGAGUCUUUCAUUAAAUCCAGGACCAUUUAACAUCAAAGAGCAUACGUUAAUUUGUGCCAUGGUGGCUGCUAAUGCUGGCACACGUUAUGCAAUUUUUCAAAUCACCGCGAUGGAUAACUUCAAUAAACGGCCAUUAUUACUUAAAACUGGUCUUUUCUUGGUUAUUACGUCAAGCAUGAUAGGUUAUGGAAUGGCAGGCAAGUAUUUAUAUUAA